UCUGAAAACCCCCCUUAAAUCCCCACAAUUACACCAUAAUUAACAUUGUCCAUCUCAUAUGAGGGACACAUUUUUCUUUGUUGUCCCAUUUUUUGCAGUGAAAGGCUGUGUUUAGAUCCAAAGUUUGAAUCCAAACUUCAGUCAUUUUCCAUCACAUCAAUCUGUCAUACACACAUAACUUUUCAGUCACAUCAUCUCCAAUUUCAACCAAAAUCCAAACUUUGCGCUGAACUAAACACAGCCAAAGUUGAGGAGUUAGUAAUUGGUAUGCUUAAAUUGUGUUGGGUACAGAGUUUGCAGUCCUGCAGAUAUAUUUAACUGAAUGCAUGUGCAAGAAGAAGAAGAAGAAGAGCAGUAUGUAGAUUGGCAGAUUGCAGAGGCAUAGGUGGAAGAUGUGUAAGGUUCUAGAAGCAUCUAGAAGCCGAAGCUGAGGUCACUAGGCCAUCACUUCUGCUGCAGAAGCUUCUUCUCCUUCUUGUGCAGAGAUGGGGAAGGCGGGUAGGUGGCUCAGAAGCUUCCUGACCGGCGGCAAGAAGGACAGGAAGGGCAAGGACGGCGGCCAGCCGCCGGCGCCGCCGUCGCCGGCGCCGCCGUCUGCCAAGGAGAAGCGGCGGUGGAGCUUCCGGAGGCCGCCGGCGCAGGCCACCACCAACACGUCGUCGCUCUGCUUCUCCGACGUGCACGCCGUCUCGCCGGCGCCGGAGGCGGAGAGCUCGGCCGCCGCUGACGUCGCCGAGGAGAACGAGGCCGCCGCGGCCGCGGCGGUCAGGAUUCAGGCGGCGUUCCGAUCCUACCUGGCGAGGAAGGCGCUGUGCGCGCUGAGAGGGAUGGUGAAGCUGCAGGCGAUGGUGAGGGGGCAGCUGGUGCGGCGCCAGGCGAGCACGACGCUGCGCCGCAUGCAGGCGCUCGUCGCCGCGCAGAGGCGCGCGCGCGCCGAGCGGCUGUGCCUCCUCGACGACGACAAGGACAAGCACGCGCGCUCGCCGCGGCCGCCGACGACGACCAGCCGCCGCUCGUCGCCGCAGCACCACCGAUCACGGAAGCCACUGGAGGUGGUGGAUAGGGGAUCGGAGGAGAACGUGAGGGUCGUCGAGGUGGACAAUGGCGGCGGCGGCGGCGGCGCGGCGAGGGGGUGCGGGAGGCGCAGCACGUGCGGCGCGGCGGCGGCGGCGGCGAAGGGCGAGCUCUACCAGAAGGUGUCGCCGACGCCGUCGGCGUUGACGGAGGCGAGCGCGCGGACAAUGAGCGGCCGGCUCGACGACUACUCCUUCUCCGCCGCGGCGUCCGAGGCCAGCGGGCGCCACCACAGCGUUCCAGCAGCCGCAGUCGCCGGCGGCGACCACGCGGCGGCGCUGCAGCAGCUGUUCCCGAAGAACUACAUGUCGAACACGGAGUCGUCGCGCGCCAAGGCGCGGUCCCAGAGCGCGCCGAGGCAGCGGCACGACCAGCCGAUCAGCGCCGCUGCCUCGCCGUCCCCUUCGCCGUCGUGCGGCGAGUGGACGACGACGCCGGGCGACCGCCGGCGCAGGGCGUCGCUGGACCCGCGUGACCUCGCCGCCCCCGCCUCCGCCGCCGGCGUCGGCGUCGGCGCGCGCAUGGAGCGGUGCGCGUCGCAGGCGCGCGCCAGCGCCAGCGCGAGCGCGGCGUGCCCGUGGGCAGUGAGGAUGGACAGGUCGACGGCGUCGCUCGCCGGCGGCAGCGACGGCGGCUCGUCCGCCGCCACCGCGGUGACCGCGGCCACGGCGGCGCGCGUGACAAGCUGACACGGACGAACACGAGCUGCAUGCUACUGUGUGAAGAAGCGAUCACUCUCUUCUCUCGAAGUCUCAAGUCUGAAAUUUUUUUUUUUUCAGUGGCUUGAACAGAUCAACAGUAGAAGCUGACAACCUUGUUGCUUCUUUGCUUCUUGCUGACCUGAAUGAGCCUUGUUUCUUUUCAGUGAUCUGAAGUUCUGAACAGUGAAAUUUUGUUGUGUGUUGUCUGUGGCAUUGUGCAAGUUACAGAUUGUGUCAGUGAGAAACAAUUGUGUGAGUUUAAUUCAGAUUUGUUUCUUGAGAUAGUGUGGAAUUGCAGUUAUUCUCUGAGGUGAUAUUUUCAGUUAUGGCCUUGAAAAAUUUAUGGAAACUGGGCCUGUUUCUUUUAGCAUC